UGAGCGGGGCGGCGGCCCCGUCGGACCGCGGCCAUGGAGGAGUGGCGGCAGUGCGGCCGCUGGCUCAUCGACUGCAAAGUUUUGCCCCCCAACCACCGGGUGGUCUGGCCCUCGGCGGUGGUCUUCGACCUGGCGCAGGCGCUGCGGGAUGGGGUGCUGCUCUGCCAGCUGCUCCACAACCUCUCCCCCGGCUCCAUCGACCUCAAGGACAUCAACUUCAGGCCCCAGAUGUCCCAGUUUCUCUGUUUGAAGAAUAUCCGAACCUUCCUAAAAGUAUGUCACGACAAAUUUGGGUUAAGAAACAGCGAUCUGUUUGAUCCCUUUGACCUCUUCGAUGUACGGGAUUUUGGAAAGGUGAUCUCUGCAGUAUCCAGACUCUCCUUCCACAGUAUUGCUCAAACCAAAGGAAUUAGGCCCUUCCCGUCGGAGGAGACCACGGAAAAUGAUGACGACGUAUAUCGGAGCUUGGAGGAGCUGGCGGACGAACAUGAUCUGGGGGAGGAUAUUUAUGACUGCGUCCCCUGUGAAGAUGAAGGCGAUGAUAUCUAUGAAGAUAUCAUCAGAGUGGAAGUUCAGCAGCCCAUGAAAAUGGGAAUGACAGAAGAUGACAAAAGAAAUUGCUGUUUGCUAGAAAUCCAAGAAACUGAGGCCAAAUACUACAAAACACUUGAAGAUAUAGAAAAGAACUAUAUGAACCCACUGAGGUCGGUACUGACUCCCCAAGACAUGGAAGCUAUUUUUAUCAAUUUGGAGGACCUAAUUAAAGUGCACUUCAGUUUCCUGAGAGCCAUCGACGUCUCUAUGAUGUCUGGAGGAAGCAGCCUGGCAAAAGUGUUUCUGGAAUUCAAAGAGAGGCUGCUGAUUUACGGCAAGUACUGCAGCCACAUGGAGUAUGCCCAGAACACGCUCAACCACCUCCUGGCCAACAGAGAGGACAUCAGGCAGAAGGUGGAGGAAUGCACACUAAAGGUUCAGGACGGGAAAUUUAAAUUGCAAGAUCUGCUGGUGGUUCCAAUGCAAAGAGUUUUGAAAUAUCAUCUCCUAUUAAAAGAGCUGCUCAGCCAUUCAUCAGACCGCCCAGAGAAGCAGCAGCUGAAGGAGGCUCUGGAGGCGAUGCAGGACUUGGCCAUGUACAUAAAUGAAGUAAAGAGGGACAAAGAGACUUUAAAGAAAAUAAGUGAAUUUCAGAGCUCGAUAGAAAAUCUGCAAGUGAAGCUGGAGGAGUUCGGGAGGCCGAAGAUCGACGGCGAGCUGAAGGUCCGCUCCAUAGUGAACCACACCAAGCAGGACAGGUAUUUAUUUUUAUUUGAUAAAGUGGUGAUCGUCUGCAAAAGGAAAGGGUACAAUUAUGAGCUGAAAGAAAUUAUUGAGCUGCUCUUCCACAAGAUGACUGAUGACCCUAUGAAUAACAAAGACAUUAAGAAGUGGUCAUACGGCUUCUACCUAAUUCACCUUCAGGGGAAGCAGGGCUUCCAGUUCUUCUGCAAGACGGAGGAAAUGAAGAGGAAGUGGAUGGAGCAGUUUGAAAUGGCAAUGUCCAACAUAAAGCCAGAGAAAGCCAAUGCAAAUCACCAUAACUUUCAGAUGUACACAUUUGAAAAGACUACCAACUGCAAAGCCUGCAGGAUGUUCCUAAGGGGAACAUUCUACCAGGGCUAUCUUUGCCCCAAAUGUGGAGCGGGUGCUCAUAAGGAGUGCUUGGAGAUCAUUCCUCCCUGCAAGAUCGGUUCUUCAGCAGACCAGGAUUCACUGAGUGCUGGACCUGGUCCUAAAAUGGUGGCAGUUCAGAAUUACCACGGAAACCGCCCCCCCGGGAAGCCGGUGCUGACGUUUCAAAUUGGGGAUGUGAUCGAGCUGCUGAGGGGGGACCCCGACUCGCCGUGGUGGGAGGGGCGGCUGCUGCAGACGAAGAAGUCGGGUUAUUUUCCCAGCUUGUCAGUAAAGCCCUGCCCCGUUGAUGCCAGGCCUCCCAACAGCCGGCCACCCUCGCGGGAGAUAGACUACACAGCGUACCCGUGGUUCGCAGGGAACAUGGAGCGGCAGCAGACGGACAACCUGCUCAAGUCUCAUGUCAGCGGCACCUACCUGAUCCGGGAGCGGCCGGCCGAGGCCGAGCGCUUUGCCAUCAGUAUUAAGUUCAAUGAGGAGGUGAAGCACAUCAAGGUGGUAGAGAAGGACAACUGGAUUCACAUCACGGAAGCCAAGAAGUUUGAAAGCUUGCUGGAGCUGGUCGAGUACUACCAGAGCCACUCGCUGAAGGAGAGCUUCAAGCAGCUGGACACAACGCUGAAAUACCCCUAUAAAUCUCGGGAGCGCUCUACCUCCAGGACCUUCACCCGCUCUCCAGUGUUCACCCCACGGGUCAUAGGGACGGCGGUGGCACGAUACAACUUCGCGGCGCGGGACAUGCGGGAGCUCUCGCUGCGAGAGGGCGACGUGGUGAAGAUCUACAGCAGGAUUGGUGGGGACCAGGGAUGGUGGAAGGGGGAAACCAACGGAAGAGUUGGCUGGUUUCCCUCGACGUACGUGGAAGAGGAGGGGGUGCAAUGACUGCGGGGAUGUCUGAUGGAAAGUCGUCGAGCGCCCAGAGCGAGCCGCUGCAGACCGUGCACACUUGUCCCGAUGCCUGUGGCUCCCCGUGAGACGCGGCCGGACGCCUCCCAGGACUGCUCUCGCAGACUCUUUAGCAAUCCAUUCCUCUGUACAGUGUGUGUGUGCGCGCGUGCGUCGGGGCUGCCGCCGGCCUCGCUCCUGUUACGUGUAUAGAAGAUUGAUGGUCUGUCGGAUAACGUUCGUGUAGCAGCUGCAGAAGAGGCCCAGGAAAGCCGCGCUCCCCUGCAUGGACAGAGCUGAGAGACUCUGUGCGGUGCCCACCAGAGGAUGGGGUCCUCCGAACCUCUUUUACUAAAGGUGUUUUAAAAGCCACUGUGGUGAUGGUGGUGGGAGGGUGAGGCUGAAGGUUUGCGCCUGGGCUGGUGCCUAGGUGUGCCAAGGUGAGAAUUUGGGAGUUUCUAAGGGGAGGGAACAACUCAGCCCCAAGGAGAUGAUGCGGACCCCCUGCCACGGUGCUCGGGUGGGCUCCCCGGGUCAGGAUUUCGGCAGUCUCCCUGGCAGCCAUGCGGCAGCGCCCAGCAGCACCGCGCUGUGGCCAGGGCGAGGGUGCAGAGCGGGGACACCCGGCCCGGGAGGAGGAAAGGGCUGUUGCUCGUCUCUGAAGGAUGCCAGCUGUGAAACCAGGAGCGCGUUUUGACCAUCAGACGUAGGCUGGAAGUGGACCUUCAGGUCAGGCAGGAAGGGAGAAGAGCCGCUCUGGCAUCCCAAGCCCAUUUUCUUUACAACCACCUUCAGUUCCACCAGCCUUGCUGCGGGUGGAGUGGGCAGCCCGGGGUGCUGACUGGUCCCACUGAUGAGCAGGAGGUCUUGGUGCGUUGCAGGACUGGAGAUGCACUUUGCCACGCAAGGGUUUUGGAGGCCACCAAGGCGCCAGGUACACGCAGAGGAGCGGACGGGCGCGUGUGUUCGUGGGUCUGUCCUGCCCUCGCUCCCAGCUUGGUCCCACUGCAAGCAGGACCCCCCCAAGCCAGGCUGGUUUUUCUUGCAGCCGUGACACGUCCCACCUCGCUGAGCUCAGGGGGGCCAACCCACCUAAGUAAGGGCUACGGUAUCCUGAUUUCUCUCGCUAAGUUGUGAAAGCAUCUCUUCUUCCCCAGCUGUGUGCACUUUUGGGGGCUGUGAGCGUUGCCCCCUCUCUUCCUCCCACAGGCUGUUACUGCUGCUGCUGUCAAGUAAAGGUCCGUCUGUCUUGGCAUUGCCCCUGUGUCCUGAGCACCAUCCGUCUGAGUCUGUUCUUUCCAAAGUGCAGCCCCUGUGGUUGGUAGGCAGAGCUGCCGGGUGGAAAUCCCAGCCAUCGUCUUCUGCCGGGCACUGGCUUUGCUUCAGAAUUUCCUUCCAAAGUGCAAAUACGAACAAAUACGUGUGUGGGUCAGUGUGUGACAGUGAACAAGUUUCCUCUAUCCAAUAUCUGAGCCCCAGGAGAUGCCCUCCAGCCUCUCUGAAUAAGUUGCAUUUUGAGCUGGUGCUUCCACGCCCUGACGUUGUUCCCCUGGGACUUGCGGUGGUCCUGCCGUGGGGCACCAUGUUCCCGGUGUGGGCUCUUGGCAUCGCGCUGGCGCAGGUCUAGGAGAUGCCAGCGUUGGGUGGGUGAGCAGUGCUAAUGCCCUCGGUCCCUGGUAGGGGGGUACCAUGGCUGCAUCCGAAGCCUUGCUGCAAAUGUAGCAGCAGUGCCCUUCUCGGGAUAAUAAAUGGAAGAGUUUGGGGCUCUCAAGGAGAGGGGGAAGAUAUUAACUUGGAAAUUAAAUGUUGUUGCUUAGUGACAAGCCCAGAGCCACCCUACUUUGCUCCCCGUCCCUCCUGGAGCCCCGUGAGUGUCCCUGCUCUCGGUGCCAUGGGGGCAGUGGGGUGGGUGCAGCCAGGGUCUGGCCGGGGCAGAUGCCC